AAUUAGGUGAGGGGCUCCCCGGGCCACUUAUAUAUCAGUUUCUUUGUCCUUACACAACCAAUGUUACAUCAUGCAUUUGGUGGAACAACAUAAACCUGCUACCCUUAUUUGUGGUUUAAUUUAUCACGUGGCUGUUCCACCAAUAUCACGUUGUCCUAGCUCUGCCAACGACUUCAUCUUCAUUAUCUGUCGUUGGCUGUGGAAACCAAUGGUAGCCCAUCUGAUCUGUCCUUUCGUCAAUUCUCAAGUGAUAUUGUUCUUACUCCAAUAGCUUGAUUGGUAUGGGUUCGAGGAGUGAUGUGGUGAUGGGCAAACCCAUCAUUCAAUUUCUUUAAUCAAACAGAUCAUCAAGAAUUAAAUUGUUUAAAAAAAUCUAGAUAUUUUUUUUAUAUUAGCAUGAGCAUACUUGAUUUUAUUUAAAGAGGUGUGCCAUCACGCUAGCUGGUUCCACACACGUAGCCUAUCGUCUGUAAACUGCAUUUCGCCAUAUAGCUUUGUUUACCUGAUACAUUUCGUUCUUGAUCAUGUCUGAAGACAUGGUGAGCUCACCCUCGCUCUGGCGCCCUCCUGUUCCCAUCAAAGACGCGAUCGAGCAAGAUGCCAUCACCCCGUUCCCCAAGCCUGAGGCUCCAGAGGAGGAGGAGGAGGAGUCACAAGGCGACUGCUACCGCCGCCUCAUGUCAUCCCUACCGGUGAAGGUCUACGGCGAGCGCCGUUACCUCGAGUACCAGGCGACGUGGUGGCCUGAGUCCGCCGUCCAAGCCGUGAUCGCCAUCCAACGCCGGUUCCGGCCGAGGCCAUCGGAUGUGCUCCUGGCCUCCUACCCCAAGUCGGGUACCACAUGGAUGAAAGCACUCGUGUUCGCGAUCAUGUCGCGCAAGGUUUACCCCCUGCGGGAUCACCCGCUGCUGCGUCUCAACCCGCACGACUGCGUGGUGCACCUGUCUGGCGCCUACGCAACGGGCAAGGAGGCGGUGGUGGAGGCGCUCCCUUCUCCGCGGAUAAUGGCCGUCCACAUGCCAUUCUCCACCCUCCCGGCCUCCGUCGUCGUCGACUCCAGCUCUGGCUGCAAGAUCGUCUACGUGUGGCGCGACCCCAAGGACGUGCUCGUCUCCCUGUGGCACUACUACCGCAAGCUACGCCCCGAGGAAGCCCAUGUGUCCGAGUUCCACGACCUCUACGAGUCGUUCUGCCAGGGGGACACCGUGUUUGGCCCUUGGUGGGACAAUGUUCUUGGCUACUUCAGGGCCAGUGUGGAGAUGCCCACCAGAGUGCUCUUCUUGAGGUACGAGGACAUGCUGGAGGAUACUGCCAGCGCCGUCGUCGCCAUUGCCAACUUCGUGGGAUGCCCAUUCUCGGCAGAAGAGGAGAGAGCCGGGGUUGUCGAUGCCAUCGUCAAGCUUUGCAGCUUCGAGGAGCUCAAGAAUCUGGACACCAAUAUGUCCGGGAGCAAUGGGCAUCUCAUCAAGCUCCCAAGCUCCUCCUACUUCAGGAAAGGAGUCGCUGGAGACUGGGUGGGUCACAUGACCCGGGAGAUGGCCGACCGUAUUGAUUCAAUUAUUCAAGGCAAGUUCCAAGGUUCAGGUCUUGAGAUUAAACGAGCCUCUACCUGAUCAAUCUUUUUAUGUAAUUAUAUAUCAUAUAUGGAGUGUUGAUCAUUAUGCAUUAUAAUCACUACUCCUAUCUUCCGUCCCAAAAAUAAAAACUCAAUCCUAGAUUUAAACCUGAAUAAGAAUUGAGUUUUUCCUGUAGGGAGUGCUUGUGAUGCUUGUCAGGACGAACGCAGUAAUAAAUAUAUAAUAGGGAGUGCUUGCGAUAUUUGUCAGUACGUAUGCAGUAAUAAAUAUUAUUGAUCAGGCACAGCUUUCUGUACGAUUGUAAAUUUAUGGGAAAGUCGAUUUACGAUA